CUCUAAACUAAUGAGUACUCGAAAAUUGAAGAGAGACAAGAGGAGCUAUUAUCGUUUCCAUAGGCCUGGAUUUAGUGAGAGAUAGAAAGUUAAUAAUGGCAGAGGCUAGAGAGAAGGAUGAUGGGACUAUUAUUGAGGCAUCCGUUUAAUCGAAGUUGAGUUGGCUGAGCUGUUAGGUCAACUCAAAAUCAGUUCAAGCCGAAGAGGCACCACAGACUAAUUUCCUUGAGCUACGAUGGAUACCUUCCAAUUCUUUUAACUCUUUACUUUUCCCAAUUCCAUGAAGAAACCUGCUACUGAGGAUGACUCUGAGUUUAAUCAAUAGUGUAUAGCUGAGGCUUAUCCUCCAUUCCCCAUUUCAGAGGGACAUCAAGAAACAGCUGGGGCGUUUAUGUCUAAUCAUUGAUGGAAAGGACUACUGAAAAGGUUUUCCCAAAUGGAGACAUCUAUGUGGGUACUAUUAAGGGAGUGCUACCCCAUGACAAAGGUAAAUAUACAUGGUCGGAUGGAACUAUUUAUGAUGGUCAUUGGGCAGAAGGAAAGAUGGACGGGAAAGGGUGGAUCAUCUGGUCAUCAGGAUCUAGUUAUGAGGGUGACUUUUGUGUAAAUUACCUCCAUGGCUAUGGUGCCUUUUAUGGUUGUGAUGGCUCUAUAUACAGAGGUUCGUGGAAGAUGAAUAAUAAACAUGGCAUCGGAAGAAAGGAGUAUCACAAUUCAGAUGUUUAUGAUGGUUGUUGGAGAGAAGGCGUACGCGAAGGUAGUGGUAGAUAUGCAUGGAGUAAUGGGAACUGUUAUAUCGGGAAUUGGAAAGAUGGAAAAAUGUAUGGUAGGGGUGUUAUGAAGUGGUCCAAUGGAGAUAUUUUUGAUGGUUUUUGGUCAAAUGGGUUAAGAAAUGGGUCGGGCUGUUACAGAUUUGCUGAUGGAAGUUACUUUUUUGGGACUUGGACUAAAGGCAUAAAAGACGGGCGCGGAACUUUUUAUCCUUCUGGAAGCAAGCUGUCCUCUCUGGAUAAGACCAAGAUUGAUAAACAUCAGGAUUUUAUAAAAAGGAUGUUGUCCCAUAGCUCAUCAUUGAGUGCAGACAUGUUAGAUAGACCUCAAGUGAGGCGUAGUCUUUCUGAGAAGAUCUCUGAUAGUUUUGGAAUAGUGCCUGGGAGAAUGCCACAUAGGACUGCAUCGCUUGUGGGAGACUCUAUUCUUGAUGACUGUAGAGAGAUUUUACCUGAAGAUCCUCCCUUUUGUAUGUUAUCCCACAACUCAUUAGGCAGCCAGAGUAAUUUCUUGGACAAUGGUACUUUGGCUUAUGAAAGAGAAUACAUGCAAGGAGUCCUUAUCAAAGAAAGGGUCAGAACUGUAACCAGACGACUAUCCUAUAAAAGUAAUCAGAGUUGCAGGUUUCAUGCAAAGGAAGUGAAAAGGAGUUUAAGCAUGGACUUCUUCAAAGGUCUUAAGAGCUACUACUUGAUGCUUAAUUUGCAGCUUGGUGUUCGGCACUCUGUGGGUAAGAUCACGCCUGUUCCUCUCCGAGGAGUGAGACAAUCUGAUUUUGGAGAGCGGGCUAGGAUAAAGAUGUAUUUUCCUAGAAAAGGCUCCCAAUUGACACCGCCCCACUAUUCAAUUGACUUCUUUUGGAAGGACUACUGUCCUAUGGUUUUCAGGAAUUUAAGGGAGUUGUUCAGGUUAGAUGCGGCAGAGUACAUGAUGUCCAUUUGUGGCGAUGAUGGGUUGAGAGAGUUUUCCUCUCCUGGAAAAAGCGGCAGUAUUUUUUAUCAUUCUAGUGAUGACAGAUUUGUGAUAAAAACUUUAAGGAAAUCUGAGCUCAAGGUGCUACUGAAAAUGCUUCCAUCUUACUACAAACAUGUAAAAGAUCACGAGAACACACUUAUAACAAAAUUUUUUGGGCUUCACAGAAUAUCGUUCAGAAGAGGGAAAAAGGUACGCUUUGUUGUCAUGGGGAACAUGUUCUGCACUGAACUACAUAUACAUCGACGCUAUGAUUUGAAGGGUUCGUCUCAUGGAAGAUUUACAAACAAAGAUAAAAUUGCUGAGGGUACUACAUUGAAGGAUCUUGAUUUGAAGUUUGAGUUUCAUAUGGAUAAAUUAUUACGCGAAAUACUUUUCAGGCAAUUAGCUCUCGACUGCCAGUUUUUAGAAGCACAGCAAAUAAUUGAUUAUAGCCUUUUAUUGGGGUUGCACUUUAGAGCCCCUGAACAUCUCAUGGCACUUUUAGAGCCACCUGAUUCCAUGCACAAAGCUGACACUACUACUAGUACUACUUCAAUAAGUGAUGGGGUGGCCUCUCAGGGCGAGAUGUCAAUUCCUCCAAGGGGGUUGCUUUUAGUAACCCAUGAACCUUCCGCAGCUAACAAUGAACCUGGUCCCCAUUGUCGAGGAAAUACGUUGAAAGCGUGCUCACUCGGCGAUAAAGAGGUUGAUCUCCUUUUACCAGGCAUGGGAAGGUUGAGGUUGAGGGUGCAGUUAGGUGUGCACAUGCCAGCUGAAGCAACCCACAAGGUUUUGCAGGAUGGGGUUGAUGGUUCAGCCGAAGUUGAAUUGUUUGAGGUGUAUGAUGUAGUUCUGUAUAUGGGCAUAAUUGACAUCUUGCAGGAAUACAACAUUAAAAAGAAGUUAGAGCACACUUAUAAGUCCAUGUUGGUUGAUCCCAUGUCAAUUUCUGCCGUUAAACCCAGCAUCUAUUCUAAACGCUUUAUUAACUUUUUAGAGAAGGUAUUUCCCAUAGAACCUUGAGGUUUAAGCUUCGAUCUCCGGUUACGUUGUUCUGUGGCCGGUCUAUAUACAUACCGUUUCAGUUUGUAGAGAGCUCUAUUAUCAGGUAUAUCAUAUAUGUUGUUUAUAGUAGUUUACAUUGUUCCAAUAUUCUGUGACCUGUAUAUUUGCUAAUAUUAUUUAUUGUUAAAAAGAUUCUUUGCUUCCUUUUUUUGUAGUGUUGACCUUGCCUAUCCUCUUCUACUUGACCCUUUCAGACCAAACCUAAGCGAGCGCUAAUCUUUUACAAUUGGGGUAGGCUUUUGUGCUUUCCCCUUCCGAAUCAGCUAUGUUCAUACCCCGUUAGAGACAUUCAAAUUUCCUGAGCCUCUUGUUGGUAAGCUGGAUGCCUGCACAUAGUCCCGGUUUACGAACAGGACCAAACCCUCUUGAGUAAAGGGAGAAAACUGAUGCCCGUGUUUGCGGUUCUGGACAGAAACUAGUACUCUAAACUGGUCCUAAACAAUUCCAGUUCCGUCAAAUUAGGAAAGGAUAGACCGAUUUAGUGCUUUUGAAUGUUUUUGAAAAAUAGGAUUAAUCGGAUUCAGACUGAAAACGGCCCGAGUUUGCUCGCUCCUACUUGGUAUAUUUCAUGUUGUGGUGAUCUGAUUGUCUCACUUCUAGUCUAGUGACAAUAUACGGGUUGCAAUUUCAUUAGAUCCAUUGUUUGCAUAAAAGCACUACGAGACCUUGCAAAUAUUGUUCUAGAGGCAAGGGUAUCUGGAUCGCCUCGGAUUGAGAUGCAUUAGUUUACUAACUUCAAUAUAAGGUCUAGUGUUUAAAGGCACAAGAUAAGGUCUACUAACUUCAAUAUAAGGU